AUGUCAAGGAUUAGACAGGCUAACAGCACUACUACUAAAAAUAACCAUUCAAACCAAAGAAAUAUUUCAGGUGCCGCAACUAAUUUAUCUCAAAAUGAAUAUACCCCAUGGAACAGGUUUAAACUAAAUCCGUCUCCUUUCCCAAGGUACAGACAUGUCGCCUCAUCUCAUGCUUCAAAGGACGAUACUUUAUUCAUAAUAGGUGGCUUGCGAGAGCAAUCGGUUUAUGGCGAUGUCUGGUCAAUUAACCAUAAAGAUGAUAAAUCUUUCAGCGCUAGCUCAAUCGAAAUUACACCAACUACUCCUCCUCCUCGUGUGGGCCAUGCUUCGACCAUAUGUGGUAACGCAUUGAUCUUAUUCGGUGGAGACACCCAUAAGGUUAAUGAAGAUGGUUUGAUGGAUGAUGAUUUAUAUUUGUUCAAUUUGAACUCUUACAAGUGGACAAUACCAGAACCAAUUGGUUUGCGUCCCUUAGGUCGUUAUGGUCAUAAAAUUUCAAUAAUAGCUACCCAGCCAACAAAGACAAAGUUAUUCUUAUUCGGUGGUCAAUUCGAUGAUACAUAUUUUAAUGAUUUAUCUAUGUUCGAUUUAUCUACCUUUAGGAAACCUGACGCACAAUGGGAAUUUAUUAAACCAAAAAGUUUCUUCCCACCGCCGGUUUCCAACCAUACUAUGAUCUCUUACGACAAUAAAUUAUGGGUAUUCGGUGGUGAAACUUUGCAAGGUUUAAUAAAUGAAGUAUUCGUUUAUGAUCCAAUUGUGAAUGAUUGGUCUGUAAUAGAAACCACUGGAUCUUCACCUCCCCCUAUUCAAGAACACGCUGCAGUUGUUUAUAAAAAUUUAAUGUGUGUUGUAGGUGGUAAAGAUUCAAAAGAUAACUAUAUGAAUUCUGUUUAUUUCCUAAAUUUGAAUACUUUAAAAUGGUUUAAAUUACCUCAUAUAAAUCCAGGUAUAAUGCAAGGUAGAUCGGGACACACUGCAACCUUAUUAAAUGAUGAUAGCAUAUUAAUUUUGAGUGGUGAUAAGAAUGAUUUUGCAAGACCUGGUGAAAAUGAUUUCCACACUUCCGAUUCAGAUUUAGGCAAUGGAACAAUCAUGUACACUUUAGAUCUAUCGAAAUUAUCAGAACUAUGUCCAGGCAUAUUCAAUAAUAACAUAUAUUAUUCUGCAUCAGAAACCAGUAUUGUAAAUAACAGCAUGGAUAAUUUGACUCCAGACAAGAACCACCCUGUAUCUAGAAAUAAUACUCCAAGUAUUACAAAUCAACGACAAAUAUUCCCAGAUAUAUUAACCCCAUAUGUCCCUCAAGGUGUCAAUACACCAAAUACUAUGAAUAAUGUACAGACUCCAAAUCUAAAAUCUGCGGUAAUCGUAAAUUCUGGGUCCGGUUCUGAUGCAAAAGGGCACAAAAGAGCAAUGUCAGAUUUGAUGAAGCCUUCCUCUCCGGCUCCCAACCUUCCUUUACCUGAGUUGCUUUCUAGAACCCCAGAAUUACCAACACCAAAUCCACCUCAUGUAUUAGCAUUAAGCUCAAUCGCAAAUAAAUUAGCUGAUGAGAAGUCUUCAAAUACCUAUACUACAAGCCAUGUUACAUCUCCCUCAAAUGCAUCAAUUGAAACUGGAAACAGAUUAUCUUCUACUUUAGAUUAUACUAUCGAUAUUGAUGCGUACUUUGAGGAUGGUGAUUCCAUAAGGGGAUCUAAUCAAUUUGGCACACCUUCAAAGCCUUCUAAACUUUCUAGAUCCGAAAUUCAAGAUAGUAGUAUCGACCAAGAUGAGACUAUUCAGCCAAGCUCAAUAAGCCUUGUUAAGCAGUCCGAUUUUGAUAAUUCCUCAAAUGAUUCAUUUAGCAAGUAUUCAUUAAAACAAUUAAAGACCGAAUUAGAAAAUAUUAAGAAUGUAACCAGAACCAAAGCAUUAGAAGCAAGUAAUUAUAUCAAAGAAUUGGAAACACAGGUAUCAGAAUUGAAAAAUAAUUCUGAUCCAAAUCAAAUUUCUAAUUUACAGGUCAAAAAUAGUGCACUAGAGUCAGAAGUAAUUACACUAAAAAGUAAAUUAAGUGCAAAUGAAAAUAUUUUAGGGUCAGCAUUUUUGGAUACUGACAAUCUAAAUAAAAUUAUUAGAAGUCAAAAUACGAAAUUACAACAGAUUAAAGAUGCAAAUGAUUCAAACUCAAAUUAUUUAAAGAAAGAGUUAAUGGAUUUAAAAGUUGAAAAUGAAAAUUUGAAGUUUGAAAAUGAACAAUUAAAGCAAAAACUUAAAUUACAAGAAGACAGGGAUUCUGAGUUAAAUGAGAAUGUAAAAUUAUAUUCAUCCCAAUUACAAGAAUUGAUUAUGCAUUGGAAGAGAGAGAAAUCAAUACGAGAGACAGUUGUCACAUUAGAGGAGGAUGAAGUUACUAAUUCUUCCGUAACCAAAUCCCCAAUUAUUGAAUUAAAUUCUAAAUUAGAAAUGCUACUAUCUGAAAAUAAAAAAGUCACAGAUAUAAAUGAAGAAUUAACUGAUGAAUUGGAGACACUUCAAAAGCAAUUUGACUUAAAAAAUAAUGAAUUAGAAGAUAAAAAUAAAAUUCUGAAACAACUUGAACAGAAAUACCAAUCGGGGUUAGACUCUUUAAUUAAAACAAGCAAGUCUUUAGAGGCGUCACAAGUGGAUUUGGGAAAAUAUAAGCAACAGAUUACUAAACAACAAAAAGAAAUUAAUUCUUUACGUGUUAGUCGUAAUGGUAGCUCAGGUCAAUUGGAUUCAGAUAAUGAGACCAGAGUAAAUGAAGAAAUAAAGUUACUGGAAUCUCGUUUCAACUCAAAUAUGAAUGGGUUGAAGGCAGAACUCUAUGUUAUUUCCCAAGAAAGAGACCAUUUAAAAGAUGAAGUAUUAUCAAUGAAGAAAGAGUUAUUAUCAUUAGAUCUUUCGCAAUUAUAG